AUGCUGUGGGUACAAAUGAAUGACAACGAUACAGCGAUUGGGAUAGAAUCAGUCCUUGUUCACAAGCUGAGGACAGUCGACAUCUGGGGUUGAGUCGAGGCAUCACAGAAGGACGGCUCCGGUGGAUACAGAGGCGCUAAAAUCGCAGUUACACCAUACCUAGUGCACUUGUGUGCUUUUCUCUUCGCGAGUUGAUUGACACUUGUGCGCUAUAUUCAACCUGAGCCUGUUGUUGAGCUCCACGUGGGAUUCCUGGAUAACUUUGCAGACUCCGCCUACUACCAAAGUUCCCCGCCGUGACGCCGUGUAAGGAUGACGUCCUCUUCUCCCCCAUCGGAGGUCGACAUGUCCACCACCGUCUCCAGCUCCUCCGACAGCGACUUGGACUCCACCGGCCUGAACACCCGCUGCAGCAUCUGUAACGACAUCUUCUCGAUCCCCAAACUGUUGGGCUGCUUCCACACCUUCUGUCAGCCAUGCCUUGAGAAGGUCAAGGUCACCGACAAAGUGACAUGUCCGGAAUGCCACUUCGAUACAUACCUCGGGAGCGAUGGCCUGAGUGGACUCCGACAGGAUUACACUGUCAGCAAUAUCAUGGAACUGUCCACUCUCGACCCGUGUUCCAUACACUGUACUGGUUGCAAGAGCAAAGAAGCUAAUGUUGUUGCGCGUUGUUUUGACUGUGCAAACUUCCUGUGUGCCAACUGUGUUAUGGCUCAUCAGUUCAUGCACUGUUUUGAAGGCCACCGAGUCAUAAGCCUGGAGGACCUUCAGAUAAACAAGGAGACCUGCAGUUCCGAGAAACCAGUUAACUGCCCCAAACAUAAGAUCGACGUACUCAAGAUGUAUUGCAAGACGUGCGCAGAACCAGUGUGUAAGGAGUGUGUACUGCUUGACCAUGGACGCGGGCAUGACUGUCAGUUUCUGACAGAAGUUGCGGAAUCAGAAAUACAGAUGUUGAAAAACCUGGAGGACUGUGCUAGAAUUAAGAUUGAAGACUUGAGGGCAACGGCGAAAGGAAUCGGCGUGAGCUCAAUAACACUCCAAACGCAGUAUCACAAGGCUCAGAAUGACAUCAACGACACUCACGACUUCUACAUGGCCAAGCUUGAAGAACGGAAAGAAGAGACCCUGAAAGAACUGGAUCAGGCUCUCAACGACAAGCAGGCUGCCAUUACAACUAGAGCUCAGAACAUCCAGGAAUGUUUGAAUAGUCUCUGCCAGGGAAUACAUUUCGUUAACAAACUACUAAAUAACGCUUCUGUCACAGAAUGUCUGAUGCUGAAGACUUUUGUUGAACGGAGGUUCCAUAACAUGUUCACCUUCUUACCAAACCUCGAUAAUCAGGACUGUUCUGAGAUAGAGUUCGUAUCCAACUACCAGGCCAUUCAGACAGGAGUCCGCAAUACUUUCGGUUAUGUGAGUCAGGGUAACGACUCGCUCUUCAGGAAGACCACCUUAGCCCCAGCCUGUCCGACGAUUGAUCGCAUCCCUACAUGCCAGGCCAUAGAGCACCUACUUUCAACCACCACCAGACUGUCAUCCACUGGCAACAUCUUUGACGAACCUCCUAAUAUCAACGUGUAUAAGUACGGAAGCAAUGACCUCAUGAUUCCAAGUGACCAGUACAACACGUGGUCCAGUGGUUCGGAUAUCAUGUCGUCAAGUCUGGACGUCCUGUCCCCGACCCCCAGUUCCGGAAGUCACGUGUCUCUUCUCUGCCCACUGACCUCCCACGUCCGACGUCACAAGAUGAUCUACCACUGCAGGUUCGGGGAGUUUGGAGUUCUGGAAGGACAGUUCACCGAACCGAGUGGCGUCACCGUUAACGCACAGAACGACAUCAUCGUUGCCGACACCAACAACCAUCGUAUCCAGAUUUUUGACACGGAAGGAGGGUUCAAGUUCCAGUUCGGGGAAUGCGGCAAACACAACGGCCAGCUGUUGUACCCAAACCGCGUGUCAGUUGUCGGGUCUUCAGGAGACAUUGUCCUGACCGAGCGCAGUCCUACCCAUCAGGUACAGGUCUACAACCAGUUCGGACAGUUCCUCCGGAAGUUUGGCGCCAACAUCUUACAACACCCUCGUGGCGUGGCGGUCGACAGCGCCGGCAGGAUCAUUGUGGUCGAGUGCAAGGUGAUGCGGGUCAUCAUCUUCGACAACGUCGGCAACGUGCUCAACAUGUUCUCCUGUUCCAAACACCUGCAGUUUCCCAACAGCGUCGUGGUCAACGAAAAGGAGGAAAUCUUCAUCAGCGACAACCGCGCUCACUGCGUAAAGGUGUUCAGCUACCAUGGGGUCCUCUUGCGCCAGAUAGGCGGGGAAGGGAUCACAAAUUACCCCAUUGGUGUCGGUAUCAACGCAGCUGGCCAAGUAGUCGUCGCCGACAACCAUAACAACUUCAACAUCACCAUCUUCACACAGGGUGGCCAGCUCGUCAAUGCUCUGGAAUCCAAGGUGAAGCAUGCCCAGUGUUUUGACGUCACCCUCAUGGACUACGGCUCUGUCGUUCUGGCGAGUAAAGACUACAAACUGUAUAUAUACAGGUACAUGUAGUGAGCAUGGAGACUGUUCAAUCCCUGGACGUUCCUUGUUGUAAUGGCUUGUUUUAACCCAGUUAAUUCAGUAUUAGAAACUUGAGAAAAUAUGCAAGAGAGGUGCACAAACUUACAUUUUGCUGGCCCUCUGUUAGUUUAUUACGGUAUUUGAGCGUCUUGAACUUGUACGCAGUGACCGAGACAACAAGUCCAGUAUAUGUAAAACUAUUGAUAAUCUGCUUGAUGUGACCUUAAAUUGGUUCCAUCACGCUCGACUGAAGCAAUUUCUACCUCAUUACUGUAUAUAUGCAGACACUCGUGCAACUGAACCGCCUUACCGUAUAUAUGCAAAUAAGUUGUGAUUGUUUCCACAUCAGCUCAGGUUUUGCCAGGUUUAAGUACUUCCUUAUUUCCGUCAAUAUUAUUUAUCAUAUUUUCAUUGUUUUUCCAUUGUUGAGUUUGUUAUUUUUCAAGUGCUGUCGCAACACCAUGACAACCCGUCUCCAUUCACUGGCUCGGUAUUUCUUAUAUUAAAACCUUCUAAAAGAGUCCAUGUUUUUAUAACUGGCCAACUUUGAAUUGAAAUCCCAUACUAAUGCCUGACACCGUUCACUGUACAUACUGCUAUUCCUCCAUAACAGCAUCGCCACACUAUGACAUUGACACGUUGUUUAUUGUUGAUUUUUCUACUCCGAUACUGCCCUUUCUGUGUAAAGGAUGAAUGUAUCGCAGCUGUUUGUACAUCUUUCUGAUAAUCUUGAUCCAUUGUUUCGCAAUGAUAGAAAUGUGUUCACAUUCCAUGAUCUCAAUUGCAUGUUCUAUAUUAUUUCUUGUUCAUAUCUCUUGUUCAUAUUAUCUCUUGUUCAUAUUUUGCCAUUCAGAAUAAAGCGUUCAUGAUACUGAUA